AUGAGACUGUUCGCAGUGAUUUUCUGGCUAGGCUGGGCUUUUGGCCAAGCCAGUGCCAAGAACUCGGGUUCCGAGUCCCCCAGAUUGCUAGCCUCUUUCCAAUCAGCUCCAGCACCGGCGCCAGCACAAAAAGUGAUCUACAAAAUACCACCGCAGCACUACUACCCACCACCUCCGCCUCCUCCGCCGCCUCAGCACUGCAGCUGUCCACCGGGACCACCUGGCCCACCGGGACCACCAGGAUUGCCUGGAUUACCUGGUGAACCGGGUCCCAAGGGACACAGUGGGUCGAAGGGCGAACGUGGGGAGAAGGGAGACCGCGGACAUUAUGGAUUACCGGGCGCCCAAGGCCUACCGGGACCCAUUGGACCACCUGGACUGCCCGGGCCACCCGGUCACAAAUCGAAAAAUGAUUACCAUGACCACGACCACGACCACGGUCACCACCACCACCAUCACCAUACCCAACCGCCAUCCCCACCACCAGCACCUCCACCAUCUUAUCCACCACCACCACCACCAAUCCUGCCGCCUCCAAUUAUAGUUCCCAUUCCGAUUCCAGCCCCGCAGAAAGGUGGUCAUGAUAAUCACCACAAGGGAUCCAAGGGACCACCCGGACCACCAGGUCCACCGGGAAUGGGAACACCUGGCCUUCCAGGGCCGCCUGGGAAUACGUAUCCACAGCCUCCUCCUCCUCCUCCGCCUCCACCUCCACCGCCGCCUCAGCCAGCGUAUCCACCCUACCCAUAUCCUUACCCCCCACCCGGACCCUAUCCCGGUCCAGGUUCUUGGAUUCCCGUGCCAGUUCCAGUGCCAUGGCCAUCGAAAGGACACAAGGGCGACAAGGGUCACAAAGGAGGCAACAAAGGAGACAAGGGUGGAAAUCACCAUCACUACUAUCCACCAGGACAUAACAAGGGCGGUCAAUAUCCGUAUCCACCCUACGACGGCGGACAUAGUGGCCACCAUCAUCCAUCCCCUUAUCCACCCCCAUACCCGCCUCCAUACCCUCCUCCUUACCCACCACACUAUCCACACGAUGGCGGUGACAAGGGGCAUCAAAACCACCACCAUCCGUCCCACAAUCAUGGAGGAGGCAAUGGUGGGCACAACCAUCAUCAUCCAUCCCACAAUCAUGGAGGAGGCAAUGGAGGGCACAACCAUCACCAUCCGUCCCACAAUCAUGGAGGAGGCAAUGGUGGGCACAACCAUCACCAUCCGUCCCACAAUCAAGGAGGAGGCAAUGACGGGCACAACCAUCAUCAUCCAUCCCACAAUCAUGGAGGUGGAAAUGGCGGACAUAACCAACAUCAUCCAUCCCACAAUCAUGGAGAAAAACCCUCUGAGCCAAAAGGCAGUGGCGAGCAAGUUCCCCGCGAUGAUCUGGAACUGUUGGAUGAAGAUGUGGAGAUCGUCGAGAACAUAAUCGAUGACAAUGACUUUAUGGAGGUCGAGGAAGAACAGCCUUUUGAGACAACUGAUACAGAAACGGAACCCGAGGAUGCAGGCUAUAUAGAUAACACAGUGGAGAAUGAAACAUCUCCUGAUUCAGUUGAAGAACUAAUUGAGGAAGAUACAACUUUAGGUGCAGAAAACUAUUUCGAACCAGGUGAAGAGGAAGAAUUGAUAGAAGAGGAACCUAUAACGGAGGAUCAGAUGGACAUGGUAAAUGAUAACCAGUCCUUUGAGGGAUACACGAUCGAAGAGCGAAACAACAAAAGGCCAAUUAUCCUGGCCGUUGGAAGUCCAAGAAACCCAUUUCACAUUUAUGCCUAUGAACAGUAUAAUUAA